CACAGGUUUCCUCCUGACUGUCUGGAUGGUUGUGUUACCAAAUGCUUUACAAUCCCUUUAGAAUGGACAUCGCUGGAUUUCUGAAAUCUCAGUUCCUUUGCCACCUUUUUAUCAGCUAUGUAUUUAUUGGAACUGGACUUUUAGUAAAUUUCAUUCAGCUUUGCACUCUUAUCAUUUGGCCUUUUAACAAGCAGCUCUACCGGAAGAUAAACUGCAGGCUCGCAUACUGCGUAUCAAGCCAGCUGGUGAUGCUAUUAGACUGGUGGUCGGAUACGGAUUGUACACUCUAUACUGAGCUUGAAAACUACACCAAAUAUGGCAAAGAAAAUGCAAUAGUAGUCCUUAAUCACAACUUCGAAAUAGACUUUCUCUGUGGUUGGAAUUUUUGUGAGAGAUUUGGUGUUUUAGGGAGUUCGAAGGUGCUGGCAAAGAAAGAACUUUUCUAUGUACCUGUGAUUGGUUGGAUGUGGUACUUCCUAGAAAUCGUGUUCUGCAAAAGGAAAUGGGAAGAAGACAGGAAAACAGUUAUACAAGGUUUAUAUAAUCUUAGGGAUUAUCCAGAACAUUUUUGGUUUUUGAUCCAUUGCGAGGGCACACGUUUUACAGAAAAGAAACAUGAAAUCAGUAUGCAAGUUGCAGAAGCCAAAGGUCUCCCAAAGCUAAAGCACCAUCUGCUACCAAGGACUAAAGGAUUUGCCGUCACUGUGCAGAGUUUGAGAAAUGUAGUUUCAGCUGUAUAUGACUCAACCCUCAAUUUCAGGAACAAUGAAAAUCCUACGUUGCUUGGAGUUUUAAAUGGAAAGAAAUACCAUGCAGACCUGUAUGUCAGGAGAAUCCCAUUAGAGGAAAUCCCAGAAGAUGAGCAGGAAUGUGCCAGUUGGCUGCACAAGCUUUAUCAGGAAAAAGAUGCUUUUCAGGAGGAGUACUACAAGACCGGCAUCUACCCAGGGACUGCAAUUGUGUCACCAAGGAGACCAUGGUCCCUUAUAAACUGGAUAUUUUGGGCCUCUAUACUUUCAUACCCCUUAUUUAAAGUGCUUGCAAACAUGAUUAACAGUGGAUCUUACUUUACCAUUUUAAUCUUUGCGUUAUUAAUGGUUAUCGUGUCUGUAGGUGUUCGGAGAAUGAUCGGAGUCACUGAAAUCGACCGAGGCUCGGCUUAUGGCAACCGUGAAAACAAACAGAAGCAGAAAUAGCGGCACAGAGACUUGUUACACCACAAAGGGAAAAUCUUCUCAACACUGGCUUAACUCCUCCAGAUUGGAAGUGCGUUGUAGGUGCAUAUCACAGUGACUCACAGUUUUAUAUUCUUUCUUCUUGUGGAACCGGAGCAAGAAUUUUAGCCAAUUUAUUUUUUUUGUUUUUUUAAAAACUAUGACUGUUCCCGUUUAGUGAAUGUUGAAGUCACCGGAAAACAUUUCCACUGCCUAUAUCUGUGUUACUUGCCUUGGUACAAAAUAAACCAUUCCUCAACCUCCUAA